CUCAAUUGUGCAACAAUAUUGCAUUUACAUACAUAUGAACCUGAAUAUUUUGAACCAGCUAAAAUUUGCAUCUGUACACACGCAAAACAAUCAACCAUUAGGUUCAGCCAGUGUGGAAUUUUAAUGACUUUAAUGACAGUUGUUGUUGUUACCUGUUGACCUUUGGGGUCAGGUUGGGCCUAGAAAAACAGCCAACAAAACAGCUGGAAUUGCUGCAACAUGUGUAUUACAAUUCUGGAUGAGCUGGUGAAAUUGAACAGCAUCAUUUAGGCUGCUGAGAUAAUUUGUAGUCUAUAAUGAAAAUGAAGUCAAUUACUGCAUGAAGCAUUCUAUCUUGAGCCAUUUAGGUGAUUUAGCUGUUGAAUGUGUCACCCUUCAUUUUCCUAUUUUCUAAUGUAACAAUGUCUUCAUUUUAUUCCAGGGGAAAUGCAAAAAAAUAUAUAUAUCAUCAUCAGGGCUACUUGUUUUCCACUUGACCUGACAUGUCCUGAAAAUUGGGCUGUUUACUCAAGGAAGAUGUUGCACAGAGAGGGGGAAAUGAUGCCUUUGUGCCAAGUUUUUCCUCUGCGGUGGUCGUCAGUAGUUCUUUGUGAUCAUCUUUCUGAACAUGAAUUUCUUGCAUGCUUCAAAAUGCAUCUCAGCUGACAGUAUCACAUGGAAAUUAAUAGAUUUUAAUUCAAGUGCCCCAAAUCAUUUUUUUGAUAUCUAUCCUUUGAUCUGAAAUUUGUAAUCUGAUUUAAUUUUUAGCAGCUGUGUAUAUUAAAUAUUUACUAUUAUUUCUAAAUUUGAUUUUUAUCUACCUUUGUGGUUCCAUUUUACACCUGCUAUGAAUACGUGAAAAUAAUCCCUACAUGUAUACAUGUAGGGAUUAUCUGUUAUAGAAAGCGUUUCAGCUCACAAGGUUGUUUUUUUACCUUGACGCCUGGUCCCAAAACAUGCAAGGACUAAAAGGUUCCCUGAAAAUCACAAACGUGCAACUUGCUGUAAACAAAAAAAACAUUGAUUCCUUUAAAACUUAAUUUGCAUACAUGCUCUGCACAUUUGCUUGUUUAUAUAUAGUGUUCUAUUUCAUCCUUGACUUGACCUGAUAAAGUAAUGUUUAACUGGUCCAUAUUGUGGUCCUCUAAUAUAUAUCCACCGUUUAAUGAAAUAGCAGGAAAGUAUGGUUUUCUUUUUUUUAUUUCUGUAAAUUUCUUUAUAAGGUUCAUCAAACAAUAACAUUUAAACCAUAUAAAGUCUGAUUAAAAUAACCAAAUAUUUUUUGGGAUUCAUUGUGAACUUAUUGACUGUCAGAAUGAGAUUUGACCUCCUGCUCUGUUUGCUGUGUUAUGGUGACCUGGCACUUUAACACACGUAUUUAUCGAUUUGGCUGCAUCUUUAAUUUGUUUAUCCUUUUUUAAACCUUUCCACUGUUCCCAUUGUGUCCAAUGAGCCCAGCUAGAUGUCUGAGAGUUGGAGAGAUGAGAAAGGCAAGCAGAGAGGGAGAGACAAGAGUUAAACAGUCCCAGUGUUGCACAGCAGAUUUGAGGAUGUUUCAUGUGUAAGAGGUGAGUAUGUAUAACGGUAGAAUUUGUUUUCUUUUAGCUCCUGUUGUUUAAAACCCCUCUCCUAAUGUUUCUCAGUGAUUUGAUUCACUGCAGAGUCUUAGGUGUGUUCAAGAAACCGGCUACAAAUAGAUUGGUCAUACGUCAUCCUGGUGAUGUGCAGACUGUGAGCUAAACAAACAGCAAAUGUUCAGAGAGAGAUGCACAGGUAGUAGACAAAUGUUUUAGGAAAACAUUUUAUAGUGCUGUGGGAAGUUUUCUGGGAAUCACAUUUUCUCUAUCUAUCUUCUCUUUCUUCCCCUCGCCUUACCUCCUUCCUACAUAUUAGUGAAGAUGUAUUACAGGAAAAGAGGGAAAGGCUCUGUUGACAAAAAAAAAACCUGAGUGAGGUUGGGAGGAGUCUUUUUGGAUGUCUUUUUUUUUUUUUUGCAGCUUGGUGGGCGUAAGCUCAAGGCAUACAGUGGAAAAGGGACUGGAAGAAUAGUGAACCCCUGAAGUUGCCUGACAGGCUUUAUUGGAAAAAAAAAGGAAAGACAGAGAGAGUGAGGAAAGAGUAAAGAGAGAGGGAGAGCAGCACUCGUCUCCACUCCCCCUCCCAGCAAAUGGUAGAGCAAGUCUAAAUCAUGUUGCUUAUCAGUGCUGUUGUGCUGUGAUGUUGCUCAGGCAGAGCCCAGGACAGAACAGGCAGCCUUCUGGAUCAGUACUCAGACCCAGGAUCAGUCCAGCCUUCUCAAAGCUGGAGACCCUCUCCCCACCACGUCUCUCGCCUCCGCCGCAUGUCCCCCUCAGUGACAUGUACCCUGAAGAGAGCCGGGGUUCUGGAGGGGUAGCCACUGUGGACUUCCUGGAAGGGACGUACGACUAUGCUGCCCCCACCCCUGCUCCGACUCCUCUCUACAGCCACUCCACCACUGGCUACUACUCUGCUCCUCUGGAUGCCCACGGACCACCCCCUGAUGGCAGUCUUCAGUCCUUGGGCAGCGGGCCUACCAGUCCAAUUGUGUUUGUGCCCUCCAGUCCACGACUCAGCCCCAUUAUGCACCCGCCCAGCCACCACUAUCUGGAAACCACCUCAACACCCGUCUACAGGCUUUGUUAUAGGUCCAGUCAGCAGCCAGCAUCCAGAGAGGACCAUUGUGGCACCAGUGACGAGUCAUACAGUGUGGGGGAGUCAGGUGCUGGGUCUGGGGCCGGGCUGUUUGAGAUGGCUAAAGAGACAUGCUUCUGUGCCGUGUGCAGUGACUAUGCCUCUGGGUACCACUACGGGGUGUGGUCCUGUGAGGGCUGUAAGGCCUUCUUCAAGAGAAGCAUCCAGGGUCACAAUGACUAUAUGUGCCCAGCAACCAAUCAGUGUACUAUUGACAGGAAUCGGAGGAAGAGCUGCCAGGCUUGCCGUCUUAGGAAGUGUUACGAAGUAGGCAUGAUGAAAGGAGGUAUGCGUAAGGACCGCAGCCGUGUUCUGCGGCCUGACAAACGACGGACUGGCACCAGUGACAAAGAUAAGGCCUCUAAGGACCAAGAGCACAGAAGGGUGCAUCUCCAGGAAGGGAGGAAACACAGCAGCAGCAGUACUGGAGGAGGAAAAUCAUCAGUCACUGGCACACCACCGGACCAGGUGCUUCUGCUGCUCCAGGGUGCCGAGCCCCCAAUACUGUGCUCCCAUCAGAAGCUGAGCAGACCCUACACCGAGGUCACCAUAAUGACCCUGCUCACCAGCAUGGCUGACAAGGAGCUGGUCCACAUGAUCACCUGGGCCAAGAAGCUUCCAGGUUUCCUGCAGCUGUCCCUCCAUGAUCAGGUGCAGCUGCUGGAGAGUUCGUGGUUGGAGGUGCUGAUGAUUGGGCUUAUCUGGAGGUCCAUUCACUGCCCUGGGAAACUCAUCUUUGCACAGGACCUCAUACUGGACAGGAACGAAGGCGACUGUGUUGAGGGCAUGGCUGAGAUCUUUGACAUGCUGCUGGCUACAGCUUCCCGCUUCCGCAUGCUCAAACUCAAACCUGAGGAGUUUGUCUGUCUCAAAGCUAUCAUCUUGCUAAACUCUGGUUCUUUCUCUUUCUGCACUGGUACAAUGGAGCCACUACAUGACGGCACGGCAGUACAGGACAUGCUGGACACUAUCACAGACGCUCUCAUACAUCAUAUCAGCCAAUCAGGAUGCUCUGUUCAGCAGCAGUCCAGACGACAGGCCCAGCUGCUCCUCCUGCUCUCCCACAUCAGGCACAUGAGCAACAAAGGCAUGGAGCACCUCUACAGCAUGAAGUGCAAGAACAAAGUGCCUCUGUACGACCUGCUGCUGGAGAUGCUGGAUGCUCACCGCCUCAACCGUCCUGAAAAACCAGCUCAGUCCUGGUUCUUGGCUGACAAAGAGCCCUCUACCACCAGCAGCAGCAGCAACAACAACAACAACAACAACAGCAGCAGCGGUUCCUCUUCAGCUGGCUCCAGUUCAGGACCCCGAGGCAGCCAUGAGAGCCUGAGCAGAGCCCCGACAGGUCCAGGUGUCCUGCAGUACGGAGGGUCCUGCUCCGACUGCACCCACAUCCUAUGAGACCGAGUGCAACAAGUACGUCUGAAGGUCAAGUCAUUUUUAUGAAUGAUGUGUGAACUGCAGAAUGAAAGAGAUGAUGAGAUAAUUAUUUGAAAAUUAAAUGAUUUUUUUUUGUCGUAGCUGUUUAGGGAGAAAAUAUUCCUUUGCACUGGUCCAAUUUACUACAAUCUGAGCUUCAGUGCUGUUAAUCAUGUAUGCUGCCUUUCAUAAGAUCUGUGAUUUUGACUCAGUCUCUAACAGAUUUACAUUACAGCUAUUUCUAAAAUGGCCAGUGUUAGGUCUUAUUGUGACAUUCUGUUACCUAUGGUGAUUUCAAAUGAUGAGCAGCUAAUUUUUCUUUUCAUUUGCCUCAACCAAAGUGCACUUCCUCUUGGAUUUAAAGGACUAUUGGGCAUUAUUUUUAUUUUUACACGUAAAGAGUGAUUACAAACUAACCUAUUAUAAAAGCGGUUAACUGAAUGUGUAAUUUAUUUACACCAUUAAAGACAAAAUGACAGGUAUUGUGUCUUAACACACAUGAUUUUAAACUUGUUGUAUUUGGGAAAAAAUAUUUAAAUUAUAAAAUUAACAGUGGAUGAAGACAUAAUUGUUAAAUUUUGAAUACCUAAAUUUGCAUGAUCAAAUCCUAGAACGCUGUGUACAUAAUGAAGGAAGCCAAGCUUUACUGUCGGGUAACUUCACCCGUGUACUUUUUGUGUACAGUAGGUUUGUUCUCUAUGCUUACUAGCACCAAAGUUUUUUUCUGAAUUUGUAAUGUGGUGUGUGUGAGUGUGUGUGUGAGUGUAUGUGUGAGUGUAUGUGUGAGUGUGUGUGUGUGUGUGGCAGAGAGAGUCAGAGGCAAUGAGCCAUUAAUGGCUCCAAGCUGAUUUGAUGCAUUGAUCUUUGUCUUGAUGCAUUUGUCCAAUACUUCAACCAUGUAAAAAUUACAACCAGUUAUUAUUCAUCCACUAAUUCUGUGAUUUCAUGUUGAGUUUGGCUGGAUUUACACACCUCCAGGAACCGAAAUAACAUAAUGUACUGUAUGUGCACAUAUACAAUAGUUUUAUUCCUCUUUAAAUGGACCAAAUUUGAUCCAAUUGUACAGAAGAUAUCUGAUAUUGACAUGAUCGGGUGUGAUUGUUUUGGUUUAAAAAUGUCUGAAAAUAGUGAGAUAUGUCCCCAGAGCCACGUGACAUAUUUAGACAGCUUUUUGAUUUUAGUCCAACCGACAAUCUAAAACCCAAAUGUUUUCAAUUUACUAUCACAAACGACAAAGCGAAGUACAAAAGAUAUGUUCAGACACGAAGACCACUAGGACUGUUUGUGUUUGUUUGCCCCAAACAGUCAAUGUACAAACUCUAUUAGCUGAAAGUUAGCCAGCAACACAAAUACUGCCCGUGUCUCUGAGAAUGUGACUGCUUUUGUUCAGCUCAGCCUCUGACUGAACUCAGACCUCGCCAGAAUCUCCAGUUCUUUCUGGUUCCUUCUUUCAGUCGCUCUCUCUCCAAUCAACAACCAAGGAGAAAAAAAUGUAAUUUGAAAAAUGUCCAAAUGGUUUAAGUCUAUAUUAUAUUAUAAUUCAACACAGGUCACAAUUGUUAUUAAAACUAGUUCUGUAUGAUAAGAAGAUACUGCUCCUAAUUGAAGCCGCUUUCUGCUUGUUUCAAGAUAUUGUGUAAGCAUGUAUUUAGUGCUGAUGUCUCAUCACUGCAGAGUAAUUAGCGCAGCCGAUUUGUAAUAUGUUAAACAACUGGAAUAACUCUGGCCACUGUUCUAUACGGUCUUGGCGAUGCAGUACGGUUGACCACAGACAUUAAAUAUAUUGUGAAACUGGCCGACAGUUGACUGACACGUAGAUAUUGCAAGUAAUUAAAAUGUAUUUUGCCAGGGUAGAAGCGAUAAACAAAAAGUUAAGUUGUCCAGUCUGAUGCCAUUUAAAGAUGUAUUUGGAAAACCUCCAUAUAUAACCAUGAUCAGAAAACUGGAUUUGGCCACUUGAGCCGUUCAGUGUAAAUCCAGUCAAACCUGACUGUCAUUUGUUUACUGUGCAUAAAAAUAAAAGUAUCAAUUGGGAAAAGAG